AUGGCAUACGAUUACGCUCUUGUGCACCUGAAAUUUACGGUCCCUGUUGCUGCCCUGCUCACCCUGUGCAACUUUCCUUUUCUUACUCGUCGGCACUGGUAUCAGACCUUCAUCCUCAUCACCAUCGCCGUCGUUGCCACCAUACCCUGGGAUAGUUAUCUCAUCCGGCAGCAUGUCUGGACCUAUCCACCGGAUGCAAUCGUCGGCCCAACCUUCUGGGCCAUCCCGGCCGAGGAGCUCUUCUUCUUCAUCGUGCAGACUUACAUCACCUCCAUGCUGUAUCAUCUCGUCAACAAACCACUCCUCCACGCCGCUUAUCUAAGCCCUCCUUCCUGGUUUAGGGCAACGCUGCACAAGCUGGUCCAAGUCGCUAUCCUGGACCUCGCCCUGGUGGGAUUUUGGCUGGUCUCCAAUGGCGGCCCUGGGACGUACUUGGGUCUGAUUCUGGCGUGGGCAUGCCCAUUCGCCUUGUUGACCUGGAGCCUCGGCGGUCUGUUCAUGGUCUCCUUGCCCUUCACGAGCACUCUUCUCCCGAUCCUGCUGUCCACCAUGUAUCUCUGGGCCGUGGACGAGGGCGCGCUGCGCCGAGGCACGUGGUCUAUCGAGUCUGGCACCAAACUUGGCACCAUACUGGUAGGGAGCCUGGAUAUCGAGGAGGCCGUCUUCUUCCUCGCUACCAACGUGCUGAUCGUCUUUGGGCUAGGUGCCUUCGACAAUGCCCUGGCUGUCAUUGACGCGUUUCCGGAUGCCUUCAAGUCGGCACCCGAAUGUCCUUCACCUGUCAUGCUGGUGGAGGCCUUGUACAUGAAGUGGACUGAGGAGCGAGACGAUCGCGUGACUGGGAUUCUGGAGGCGGUGGAGCGGCUCUGUAGGAAGAGUCGGAGCUUUUAUCUGGCCAGCUCGACCUUUACGGGGCGGCUAAGGAUCGACUUGGUAUUACUGUACUCGUACUGCCGCAUGGCUGAUGACCUCGUCGACGAACCUCCUCAAGGGCUCACCACCGCGACCUGGAUCGGCAGGCUUAAGGACCAUUUGGACCUCGUCUAUAAGCCCAAGCAGUCCGAAACUGAUCCCUCGGUGCAGGCUGACAUGAUACGCGCCUACAUCGAGAGCGAAUUUCCCGCCUCGGCACGAUCUGCUCUCACCCACCUCCCGACGUCCCUUUUGCCCCCUGAACCAUUCUAUCUUCUUUUAGAAGGAUUCAAGACGGACUCAGGGUUUCGUUUGAACAACGACACCAAGGAGCGCCGACACUUUCCAAUAGCCAACGAAGACGACCUGCGUGAGUACGGAAGCCGGGUCGCCGGGACGGUUGGGGAGCUCUGUCUCGCCCUAAUCACGCACCACAGCAGGGAACCCAUUACCCCAACCCGCCAAAAGUCUGUAGCCAAGGCCGCAGCAAGGAUGGGAAUUGCGUUGCAGUACGUUAAUAUCGCACGGGACAUCGCGGUGGACGCGGCCAUGGGGCGGGUCUAUCUGCCGACGACGUGGCUGGUGGAGGUCGGCCUGACGCCCGAGGUCGUGGUGGACACCAUCAUGUCCAAGGACGACCAGAGGCAGGAUAGGCUGGCAAGGCUGGUCUCGCUUCGAGAAAGGCUCCUCAAUACCGCCUUUGCCAUCUACACUGAGGCGAGGCCGACCAUGGAUUGGCUGCCCGACGAGUCAAGACGGCCCAUGAUCGUCGCAGUCGAGAGCUACAUGGAGAUUGGGAGAGUCUUGCGAGAGCAGCAGGAGGAGGGAGCUCUUCUGUUUGAGGUGGUAGAGGCAGGCCGUCCGAGGAGGGCCACUGUCUCCAAGUGGAGGAGGCUGAAGGUUGCUCUAGGGGCGCUAAUCUAUGCGUAA